GCGGAAAAAAAAAUUCUUUUUACAUUCAAAGUGGUUUAAGAAUUUAAUUGUAAUCACAAUUUAACGAUUUAACAAUUAACAGGUUGAUUCUUUUUUCCAUAGAAUAGAAAACAUCACUUUCUCAAGCAAAACCCUUUCUCUUUUUUUCUCCAUUUUUACCUUUACUUUUACUCUUUCAUUGACUUGGAAUUGACAGUUUAUCCUCUCUCACAUUCGUUGUCACUUUUAAUUUUAAUUAUUUUCUCUCUCAACUAAUCAACACCUUCUUUAUGAUCCUGGACUCGCCCAUUCAGGAUUUAAAUUACAUAUAAAAUUGUCCAUCACGAUGAUAAUCAGCAUCACUUUCAUUUCUUCAUCUCAUCUGAUCAACAACAGCAACAAGUGAACAACAACAAUUUGUGAUUAAAAAGUUUCUCUUAAUUGUCAACUUGAUUCGGUUUAAAUUUUGUUACAAAUUUUUUCCUUCUCACCGUUUACACAGCCAAACUAAAUUAGAAUCAAAAUGAUUUCAAUCAAGUCAACAAUUGUCAUCGCUCUUUCAAUCGCCUGUUUGAUUAGUCUCUCACUUGCCAAACCAUCAACAUCAACAGCAACUCCAUCAUCAGCGUCCUCAUUGACCUCAGGGUCAAAAGUUACAACCAAUUCUAAAGUUAAUGGAACCUCAUCUUCUACCCGUGCUCGUGGAUCGCGAUCAGGUCAUCAAUUUGACCCAAACUAUUCCGUCUGGGGUCAUCCCGCUCCAAAUACUCUCUCUCAAACUGGACGAUUCGAUAUGGUUCCACUAAUCCCUAUUGUUCUUCUCUUCGGUCUUGGCCUCAUGUUGAUUCCAUUCUUGACCUCGUUCAUUGCCCACGUUCUUUAUCCCGCUAAUGUCCCCGCUGGACGAAAACGACGAUCAGCUGAUUCUCUGUUUUCUGGCUCUCUCAACGAAAUGCUGAUCAAUGUGAUGAAAACUUUAGAAUCAUCGAUUGAAAAAUAUGCUUUCUAAACCAAAAUUCACUUCGAACUCACCAACUGACCAAUUAGUCCUUCGAAUCUUCCAAUGGACAGUUAAUUGUAUAAAAAAAAUAUAAACAACACUCGAAGAUCAUGAAACAAAAACAACGAAACUUUCAUCUCAUUUUUCAAACUUUUCGCUCUCUAAAUUGUGAUUGUUUUUCAUUUUCUCUUAAUUUCUCUAAUCCUUUUGUUACAACAUUAAUUGUCUUAACAAUCAUCAAUUAGUCUAAAUUAUAUUUACACUUAUUUGAUUGAAACAAAUUGUUCAUCCAUUGUUUUGAUUAGAAAACAAAACAUAAAUACUUUUGUUGUAUCCAUGAAAAUAUAACUUUUUUUCGUUCACAAAUUAUAACGAUCAUUUUAAUCAAUUCACAAUUGAACAGAAUUAACUUGACGAAUUGAAUACAAUCUAAAUGAUUAUGAAUAGAAAGAAACAAAAUUAUCAAAGCUUGAUGAU